AUGGAGCUGGCGUUGGGCCCUGCCAAAGCCCAGGGAGAGCCCACAGGCAAAGAAAGCAAAGCCCAGCAGGGUCUAAACAGGAACCUGGAUUUUCUGUCUGACCCGCUGGUUAACAACGGCCCCGCUGCAAUCAGCAGGGUAGAGGACAGGGCUGAAGGAGAGCCUUCCUCUCCAGGUGGGCACUUCCCCCUCCUGCCUGACAACACAGAGACAUCUUGGAAGCAAGAAGAGGAAAGGUCCAGGCUCCUCAACAAGCCAGGUAGCCCUGAGGGCCCAGACGUUUUGCCCGUUCCAGGAGAGGACUUUGAAACCACGGUCGAUCGUUCCCUGCGCUUGCUGGUGCCGGACGAAGGCCUGCGGAUGUUCAUGGCCCACAUGGAGCGAGCCCUGAGGACGGACUGCAGCCUGCCUGGGCUGCAGCUGGCCUGUGCCAAGAUGGUCUCCAAGACUGGGCUGCUUAUAAAUCUCCUCAGCAAGAGACAAGAGAACAAAGGAGCCUCUGCUUUCACGGGACAGUGUCCUAUGGAAAAGAACAUCUCCAGACGCACAACCUUGGAGGAGGGCAAGGAACACACAGGGGAGAAACAACAGCCCAGGGACAAAGAAAUAUCCUUAGUGGUACUCCUGUCUGCCGUCACCACUGUUUUUGUGAUGUUCAAGUGUGUCCUCCAUUUUCUUUGUAAUUCUGUGAUGGAGGUGGAGAAAGAACAAGAAGUUAGAGGAUGUAGAGGUGUCAUAGUUUCAGAUUGCUCCCCUUGA